AUGUUGAUCAGGGAGGUGAUUGCCCUGGUAAAGGGGUCACCUGCAGCUGAGGCAGCAUUCGUGGAUCCCACGCUCGAGGAGAAGAGCUUGCUGAGACUGGCUGUGGUUCGCCACGGCGAACGGGCGGACCAGGCUGCCCCAAAGACCUGGUUCAAGUCCAUGCUGGGCAAGCGGUAUCCCUUCGAUCCGCCUCUGACGAUGACGGGCAGCAAGCAGGCGAAGACAGUGGCGAAGGAGCUCUUGUCAAAGUACAAUGGCGAGUUCUCCAUGGUCAUCUGUUCGCCUUUCAUCAGGUGCGUGGAGACUGCAGUGGAGAUCUGCCGGGUCUUCAACGUCAGCCUCUGCGUGGACCGUGAGCUUGGUGAAAUCUUUUCGCCAACAUACUUUGGCGCUUGGGAUUUCCCGGGACCGCCGCUCCGCAGCGUAGAGGAGAUUGCAGCCUACAUCCCCAGUGACAUAAGGGUAGCUGGCGUGGGUGACGAUGGCAGGCUAACUUUGGAUGGGUUUGUUGGUAGUCCCCCUGUGUGGCCGGAAAAGAACGGAAAGGUUCGCCUGGCAAGCCGCGUGGAGGCUCUGAGUGAGAAGGCCGUCAAGCUCGGUGGUGCUGGCUUCAUCCUGGUUACCCAUGGCGACUGCGUAGCAGGCUGCCUGGCCCUUGGCCUGGUCAGCCAAAGAAAGGAGUCCAUGGCUCCCACGGUGACGAAGGUGCCGUACUGCGGUUACGUGGUCCUCGAACGCCCCUUCUCUGCGCAUGAGGAGCCCGUGGGACUCUUUGAUCCCGAUGCGGGCUGGACGGUGUUCAAUGGCCACAAUGAGGUGGGGGGGGAGGUAGGUUUGCCAAGGUCUCUUCCUUUCUGA